GUUGGCGGUAGCAGACAGAAAAAAUAGUUGGAAUGACAGGGAGUCACCACCUGCCACGUGGUGAUCACAUCUACGCUUGACGCGUGGUAGCAUUGCUUUGCUUGUUCAAUAGUCCGAUUCCGAUAGAGUGAGUCCUUAUGUUAUGCGGUCCAGAAAAUGGCGAGCAGUUAAAAGUUUCGCCUUUCGCAUUCUCUUAUUCGGGGCCGUGGAAGUAAUUAGAUUUCAACCGAAGGAGAAAGUGAGAAUCAGGACCGCCCACUGUGAUAUCAGAAUCCGAGGAGACUCCAUAUACCCAGCCUCGCCUUGUGAGUGAACCUGAUUACUCCCAAGUAUCGUAGACUGUUUGGCGCAUGAAUUGCGUGCUUCUUGGAAUGGAGAGCUUACCUGUGGAAAUAUGUAUGAAGAUAUUUUGUUUCUUGGACUACCAACAUCUUGUCGUUGCUCAACAAGUGUGUAGGAAAUGGAAGUUUUUGGCUUCAGAUAAUGGUCUCUGGUCUAACCUUUUUAAGGAGAGAUGGGGAGAAGAUCGUGCAGCUUUCUAUGCUCCUAAUGGUUCAAAAUCAUGGAAAGAUGUUUUUGAGGUUCAAGAUCGUUGUGAUCGAGUUGGAGUGGGUUUGAAGAUUAUAAGAGAGGGGUGUUACUACUAUCUUGUUCACCAAGGUGAGAUACAGAAAUGUCUGGGUUCAAGAAGAGACAAGGAAGAAGGAAGAAGCCUCAUCUGCCAUAGUAAUGGUUUAGAAAGAGAAUUCACGGGAGAACCUGGUUCUUGUUUAGGAAUUUUGGACAAAAUUCUGUUUUUCAUUGGGGAUUUGGAAGUUGCCUCUGCAGAUGCAAAACGUAGCCGUCUGACAUGAUCAGCCCUAAAUGUCAAGUGAAGUUGAAUGUCCAAUUUCUAUGUAUGUAUAAAUGCACGUAUGUCCAAUUUCUAUGUAUAAAUGUCCAAUUUACGGGGGUUUUUUUUUUGUUCCAAUAAAUGCACGUAUGUAUCUGUAUCGUGUCUCCUUUUGUGUAUUCAGCCGUUUAUUCGAUACCAGUUUCUCAAUUUGUAUCAAA